AUACAUUUUUAUACAUUAUCAAACUAACAAACCAAUGGUUGAAUUUAUGAAAAUAUAGCUUGUGAGUUUUAUAACAGGCAAAAGUUUCUCAGUGUGCUGUUUAAGUAUAUUGACCUGCCUUUAAGAUGUUCACUGAAAAAUACCAUCCUUUUUACCCAUUUGCGUAACGAAUGACUUUUAAAAUUACGCAUUUUAGUCGACGUUGGUGGGCGCAAUAUAAUCGCAGUGUCUUGGUAUUUUUUUAUCUUAUUUAUAUUUGUGAAAACAGGCAUACACCAAAUUGUUCAAAAUGCAUUGCGGAAGCAUACCAACACGCUACUCCAUAGGAAUAAUGAUCUACAUGUGUGUGCUGGUCUCGUACACCAUGCGAGUCAACUUGAGCGUCAACAUUGUCGAAAUGGUACCAGUUGUCGCGAAUGGUACCGAUACUGAGGAAAAAGAAACGCUGGGAUGGAGUGCCUACGAACGGGCGACAGUGCUAGGAGGAUAUUCUUGGGGUUACAUUGCUUCCAACAUUUUGGGUGGAUUAGUGGUUCAGAAAUUGGGUCCAAGAAAUACAGUCAUACUGGGUCAACUGGGAGCAUCAAUACUCACAUUUCUGUGUCCAUAUUUUGCAAAAAUUAGCUUUCUUGCUAUGACAAUAGCAAGAAUUGCGCUUGGUUUUUUAAGUGGCUUUCUUUUUCCCGCUGCCACAGGUUUGAUUGCGAACUGGGCUGUACCUAACGAGAGAGGAAAGUUCACAUCAGCCAUGAUUGGAGGCACCAUCGGUACAGUAGUGGCGUGGUCCUCACUUGGAGUACUUAUUGAGAACUACGGCUGGGAGUGGGGGUUCUACUCGUUCGCAAUUGUUGGAGUUAUAUUCUGUUUGCCGUGGGCGUAUAUAGUCUAUGACAAUCCUUAUGACCACCCGAGGAUAGAAGAAACUGAGAGGCAAUUCAUAAGUGAUGGUAUCCCGAAAAAUGAUAGACCUAAACCAAUACCUCCAUUUCUGCGCAUCGUUACCAACAUACCUUGGUUGGCUGGAACCAUUCUCUUAUUUGGCAACAGCUGGGGAAUCUAUUUCAUCCAAAAUGCUACCCCAAUGUUUAUAGCAAACGUAUUGCAAUACAAACUGGGUUCAACUGGGCUAAUUUCGUCUCUCACAUACAUCAUAAGAAGUUUUGCUAAUCUCAUGUUUGGAUUCUUUGGUGAUUUUCUGUUAACAAGAAAGAUAAUGUCAGUGAACACACUUCGAAAAUCUUUUGUAAUGUUUUCACAUGUAUUGCCCGGAUUGAUGUUGUUAGGAUUAACUACUACUUCAAAUCCUACCAUAGCAUUAACUUUGAUGAUAGCGUCAAUUAGUUUGAAUGGCUCUGCGGUGUUGACUUCUGCCGUAAACUGUCAUGAUUUGACACCAAAUUUCGCUGCCACAGUAUUUGGCAUGGGCAACGGUAUCGGCGCAAUCGCUGGCAUUUUGACACCGUUAGUGGUCGCACAUUUCACAAAGGACGACGAGACCAGUUUGGAGAGCUGGAAGCCAGUGUUUUACAUAGGAUCAGGAAUGUACGUGCUAUCUGCAAUCAUCUUCAUUUUGUUUGGUUCAACGAAAGUUCAAGCGUUUAAUGAAAUAACCUAUCAUGACAAUCCGGAGGAAGCGAAAGAAAAAAAACAAGACAAAUAAAAAAGUAUUAUUCAAAA